GCCGUUCAGUCGAACUCGUUCAUCGGUUCCGUUCGCAAGUGUCUACGGUUGGUGGUCUGUCGCUUGUUUAUAUAUAUACGGGAAAAUCGCGCCCUAACUAUCGUCGGUAUUUUUGGGGUUAGUGCAGGGAAAUUCUCUCACUUGAAAAAGGUCUGGGUCGUCACUUGCGUGUACAAAUUGUCUAGAAUUGCGAGCGUGACAUUUACGAAAAGCUGACAGUCUCAAAUCGCAGCCUGCUGUGAUAUGUGAAACAUCUUACACCAGAGUAGCAUUCACCCAAAUCAGCGUCAAUCAACGGACCACAACGCCAAGUAUUGGAGAGUCAAAGUACUUGACAGAAAAUAUUGUGAUUUUGCUUUCGUUUGUUUUUGCAAAAAUAAAAAAGGAAAUGCUCACUGUCGCUUAGCUCGCCUGCUUGCCUAUUGCUCGCAUUUUGGGUGGUAUUUUUAACAAGCCUUGCGCGCAGCAGCAGCGUUUGUACCGCAGGAGAAAGAGUGUGGGUGAAGUGAGUGUGUGUGCGCUGAAGACGCGCGGCAUAAACGGAACGAAAGAACAACGAAGCGUAAGCGACAAGUGAUCCCACGAACGUGAAAGAGAGACGAUCGCAUCCCGUUGUCGCUCUCGCUUGCUAAGGAAAAAAGGGCAGAAGAAAGCAAACGGUGAAAAUAGGAAAGAAGAGUCCGCCGAGCAGCCGGUUGGUGUGGUGUUGGUGCCGGUGUUCUUCUUUCCGUGUGCAUGUGGGCUGUGCAUGAAAGUGCACAAAAAGGAAGGCAAAGUGCUGUUUCAGUGAUUUUGCUCUCAUCAUCUCCCCUCCGAUUGUGGUAUUGAAUCCAUCAUCACCAGGAAUGUAUAUUUUGCUUCCGAAUUGAAAUCACAUAAUAAAAUCGAAGGAAGCCACUGGUUGCCAUAGUACGAGCAGUGCGUUAGUGAGUAAUUAAUGUGCGAGUGAUUUAUUUGUGUUGAAAGAGUAGAGCGCAAGUGCGACACCGAUUUGACGUGAUCGGAAGAAGAGUGAAGCUUCGCGGAACAUAGCAUGAUGAUCAUCUUCCGAAGGUGUGCACACAAAUACAGUUAAAGUUGCCGCCUAACCUGUCGCCACACGCAUACGUCAGAAGACUCAACCCAAGUCACAAGUCAACGUGUUUAGAGAAAUAUUAUCCACUAUCGGGAAACAGCGACAUCGCAGGACGGCAGGGAAAAAUACGAGCUGCCGAUGGCGAUCGGUAUGAGGAUCACAGAGAAACAAAAAUAACAACUAUAACUCCAGACGGUUGGUUUGGAAGCAAAACAGAAGAGACACGAAACUUGAAAACAUUUUCUUCGUCCGUUUGUUCCGAUCAUGAGAAACGUCGAUCGUUCGGCGGAAGAAUAAUAACCAUAGUUUCGAACGCAUACAACCGGAGAAUGGAGCAGAAACAACAACAGCAACGGCAGUAAAGAAAUAAUGGUUCUCCAAAUUUCAAGCUGAUAUUGCAGGAUGAUUCCAUCGUCUCAAAUGACAAAUGAAAUUCUCAUCCAGUGACGGUCGAUGGUAUCAACGAUUUACUGCUUCAGACAGAUUGUUACUCUAGAAUGAUAGCGAACGCUCCGAGCAUCGAUGCCCGUCUGCGUGAUUUGUCUUUAGUCGAGAACGUAAUGGCACACAAAGCGGAACUUGCCAGCUGCUGGCGGCACCUCAAGGCAAGUAAACCGAGUAGAAUAUCCUCCAAGCUGCAACGACAUCGAAUAGCGAGCCACUGGGGUGCUGCUACUGGCUACUAUUGUUCCUUGCUCAUAACUCUAGCGUUAAGUUGGCCUCUGCUGGUGCAGGCAAUGCCACAUUCUUCACAUCAUUCUUCGUCACCGUCGUCGUCAUCCUCGUCGGGUGGCAGUGGAUCGUCCAGCAGCAGUACAAAGAGCCUAGGAGUGUACAUGAUUCGAUCGCCGGAAUCAACGGUGGCACCGGCCGGUGACGAAGUACUCUUCGAAUGCGAACUCAACCUGACCCCCGAAAGGCUGGAAUGGCGGUUUCGGAAUCAGUUUAGUCAGGGUAAUCGAGAGGAUUACACUUAUCUAGAUAAGAAUAAUCACAAUGUGACAAUCAUCGAAGGCAACUCGAAGUUGCACGUGUAUGUCAACGCGAAGACAAUCGGAGAGUACCAGUGUGUAGCGUGGUUCGGAGCAUCGGCAAUCGCUUCACUACCGGCCCGACUCACGCUGGCCUCGAUAAGUGUGGAUUCCAAUAGUAUUACUAGCAACAGUGCUAGCUAUCCCAACUAUGGACCAUUGCGUAGCAGUAGCAGUAGUAUUAGCGAUGUUCACAGCGGUCGAACCGACCGGGUCCCAACCAUGAUGAGACGGGUUUUGUCGCCUAUCCAGCAGCAACAUCUAAAAAUCUCACCGGGAAAUAGUAUUAUCAUCAAAUGCGGAGACGUGCUCUCAAAUCCUCCUGCAGUGUGGAGUUAUUAUAAAGAUGAAGUAGCGAUCCCCGCCAGCACACCGCAACUGCCGAACGGAGGAUUGAUUCUACCGCAGCUCACACCGCAGGACUCGGGGACCUAUCGUUGUUCAGCCGUCAAUUCUAUAACCGGAAGCGAGCUCAAGCUGCCACAAAAAACCACAAUCCUCGUAGAGUACACUUCCAGGUCAUCGCCAAAGGCGAUCUACAAACCACAGAACGUAUCUACCACCCCGGGUUCCACAGUUCUACUGGAAUGUACCGGAGUGGCAAACCCGACCCCUCAAGCCUCUUGGACUCGUCGCGAUGGUUUGCCCAUCAGUGAUCACUCGGAGGUUCUGUCCUACGGAUUACAGAUAAGCGAUGUCGUCCCAGAAGAUCAAGGAGAAUACAUCUGCCGGUUGGACAACGGCGUCGAGCCGGCACUACUGCAUACCAUCAAACUGACGGUUCUGGAAGCUCCCCAGAUAAUCGAACCACCCCGACCGACCCUGACUAAUGAAAGCGAGAGUCUCGAGCUGGAGUGCAUUGCACGGGGUUCUCCGACACCGGAAAUCUACUGGAUGAUCAACGGAGAUCCCGCUCGGUGGGAUAGGCUGAUAAAAUCAAACGGCUCGAAACUGUUCAUCAAAUCGGUGGAGAAAAAGCAUGCCGGAAUCGUGCAGUGCUUUGCUCGCAAUGAGGUCGGUGAAGUUAGCGAAAGCAAUCUGCUGCAAGUCAAUCCGAAACAAAUUCCCGGCGGAGUUGGAACACCUCCGCUGGGAUCCGUUCCUUCCGGUUCGAAGUUUGGCAACGAACACGGCGGUAAACGACAGAAGGGUGGCAAGAAACACAAACACCUUAUAAUGAUUCCACCUUCGCGACCCAACAUCACACGGCUAUCGGACGAAUCGGUGAUGGUGCGCUGGUCAGUUCCAUCCAGCGACGGAUUACCGAUACAGUUCUUCAAAGUCCAGUACCGCAUGCUCGGUGACCCUUCGAAAAACAUCGCCCGAACGCAAUGGAUGACGGAAAACGAGGAUAUUCCCCCGUACACACGAUCGUACGAGGUGAACAACCUGAAAUCGGACCACUUCUAUCGCUUCCGGAUCGUGGCGGUGUAUUCCAACAACGACAACAAGGAAGGUGUCGCAUCCGGAAAGUUCCACCUGCAGCGGGGUUCUCAGUUGGGUCUUACCAAAAACCAUUUACUGGCCCCAACUUUAACCCGAAUCGAACCCGUCUCCCAGCACGGUAUCGUUCUGCACUGGCAGUUCCCGCAGCAUCUUCCACAUCCGAUCGACGGCUUCUACGCGUACUAUCGACCAGCCACGACAGCUGGCGAGUACUCGAAAGCCACGGUGGACACUCCGACCGCGCGACAUUUCAAAAUCGAUCAUCUUGAGCCAGGAACGGCAUACGAGUUCAAACUGCAAUCGUUCACGGCCGCGGCGGCCUCAGAUUUCAGUGCUAUACUAACCGGAAAAACUCUGAAACCGCCAACACCACCGCCCAUCGUGCCAUCCGUGGUUGCUGCUUCCGAGGCGGACAACGGAACAGCGGAAGUGCCGAAUUACAUCUACAUGGGAGUCGGUGGCUUCGUUCUGGUACUCGGUGGAAUCAUACUGCUCUGUUGUUGCUGCGUGGCGUGUAAAAAGAAACGCAGUCCCGGUGGGGACGAAUCUGAAGCCAAAUCCCACAUCCAGGUGGAGCAGAACGGUUUCCCCGGAUCGGUUAGCAACGGAGGUCCACGGUCCCACCAUCACAAGAGCCGAAAUGGAAUCAGUGCCCGGAUGAACAUCACCCCGAAUCCGCUGGCCCAGGAUAGCGAUAAGAUGCCUCUAUGCUAAAAUAAAACAGAAAGAUUAAACUAUUGGGCUUGAAAGCGUUCCAAUUGCGGCUAAAGCAAGUUUCCGUAGAUGGUUUACCGAAUAGAGUUAGAUGCAACAACUAGUUAAAGUUAACGUGUUAAAGGAAAGUAGUUUUUUUGCUCGCCAGUUGAAACGUUUCCUGUUGUUACUAAUUCCCAGCUGACUAAUCCGCCAACCCCCGCAAACUUUUUCGGGGACAAGCGAUUGUGGAUAUUUCUUGUUUUAUUUUUCGUUUAAUUGCACACAACACAUUGUGGAGUGGAAGAAACAAUCGAAACCGUUAAAAAAUAUCGAAGUGUCAAAAAUGUCACAAACGUCAAGAGUGUCAAUAUUAAAAAAAAGGAUUCCUGAUAGUAAUGUCAAAAAUAAUAAAAUGCCAAAAAUCCCAAAAAUAUCUCAAGAGCCAAAAAUGUCCUAAACGUCAAAAAAGUCAAAAAUUUCAAAAACAUUCGAAACUUUAAAAUAAUAAUAUAACGAACAUAUUUAUUUUUUACUUAUGUACGAUUAAAGGCUGCAAAAUAAACCCACAAAAAUCACACAAAAUAGCAAAUUAAGCAAUUAAAGACGAAAUUACAAACUAUAAGUUGAAGACAACAAAUGUUUUUAAUUGAGCUUUAAAACAUCAGGCAUUAAAUGAGAAAAGUAAAUUUCAUUAAAUAAAUAAUUGAACAAAAUUAAUGCCAAAUAUAAAACAAUUCACGUAACUUUAUUAAACUUUUGAACAGUUAAACAAUGAUAAAGCUAUCGUCAAUCAAUUGCUUCUAUUGAAAUAAAAUCUGAUCACUAAGUCUCAAAGCAACCUGCAAAAUGUCUCAUUUUUUGGAAUAUUUCACAUCAUUUGCAAAUAAUCUAGAGAAACAUUUCAAAAGGUUUUAUCUGCUUUGAUCGAUUUUUUGAUCGAUCACUUUCAUUUAACCACCACAACUUAUUAAACACUUUGACGCGCUGUUUGCACAAGUUGAUAGCGGAGGGAUCACUCUAGCCUUCUGAUCGAAAACCACGUUUGGGAGAGUUACUGAAGCUGAAUAGUUACCAUAAAAAGACGCUCCGGAAAAACAACGAAAGCAGAUAGGACCUUUUGAAAAGUUUAUCUAGAAAUAUACAUUUAGAGACUGCAUGAAGAGCACUGAUCCAAGGCAGCUGCUUUGUGGCACAACUAAAAAAUGUAAAAGUGUGCAGAUCCCAAGUGGGUGAGCGUAGAAUGGCUUCUUUAAAUACUAAGCAAAGCACGAGUAAAUUGCUUCUUCCAUUCCAUUUGUUCACAUUCGUCAAUUCAUUUCAUUGUGUGUCGUUACUGUAUAUGCCAAAAAAUAAGCUGCACACUCUGCUUGAGCAAUAUAUUAUUCAAAAAUUUCGAAACAUAUUUCCUACAAAAAAAAAAUUGAAUUUCUCAGCAAAGUACCGCCAUCGCUGGUCCCCCCAGUCGAGUAGCAAUCGUAGCCGUAAGCUCCCCCGCUGAACUCCACGUUUCACCUUCUUGACCUAUUAUAGUUCGUAUCGUAGUAGUAAUGCGUUUUCCUACUUCCAAUAUUCUUCUUUUUCUGUUUCUUUUUUCUCACCGACCUGUUCCUUUGUCUAUAUGUACCCACUUUUUUCCACCACCAACACUUGUAUACACACACGCGUCCACGCGAACACACAUAAACACACGCACCCUUUUUGGUAAAGUAGCGUUAUCGUUAGAUUACAACGCACCCAAAGAAAUGCGCAGCAGUAGGCUGCGUAAUUCGUUGUUUAUAGUUCUUGCUUUUAAUCUGUCAAAAAAAAAAAAUCUUCGAGCACUGCUAGUUCACAUUUUCCAGACCAACACUCCGACACUUUCCCCCUCAACAUUUCUUGGGUCCCGAGUAGCUAGCCUAUAGUUCUAGUUCUUUGUGGUUUGUGUGUAGCGUCGCGUUUCUUGUAUUCUCGCGAACCGAGCCAAUUUGUAUUCUAGCUUAGAAAUCAGCGUGAAUGUUCUAGAAUCGUAAUGUGAUGGAGCUGCGCUUUCUGCCGACCAAACUGCCCCAGCCGACGUCAACGCUUACCGGUGGUGAAGUUGGAGGUGGUGGUUCUUCCGGUGGCAGCAGCGGUGGCGGUA